AUUACCACAUAAUAUCAUCUAACAGUUCCCAGACAAUAUAAUUCACAGAAAGAAACACCCACCCCUUCAUCUUCUGCUGAAACACAUCCCAUAAUUCUCAGAGACUAGUCAUUGAAUAUUGGAGAGAGAAAAAAGAUUCACGCUUUCUGUUACUUCCACCGCUAACACAUAGGCUUGGCUGGUCUGCAGUAGAAAGGCUGCGUCUGGCCCACUCUCUGGUUCCACAGAAUGGCUGAAUCACCAGAGUCCCAAUUUCAGGAUCUAAAUCUACAAGGUGUUAAACAAACUAAUGGAGUGGAAUAUAUGAAUGGUAAUGGUGUUAACUCACAAGAGAAAAUGGAUGACUUCGAAGCUCAGUUUCAGACAGUUUCGACAGGCAAGACUGCCUCAGGAUUAGAUCCCAAUGCAACUCCUUUUGAACCUUUCAGUGAACAUAGUAAUAUAUCAACUUGUGACCAGUCCGUGCCAUUCAGUGACCCCACACAGCCAGCAAACAUGGCCACUGCUCCAGACCAACAACCUUCAUCUGAUGAGGGAGUUCUCAUAGAUUUUAGUGGGAAAGAUGAGGUUUCGUCCCCUGCUCCUUUGAAAAGUGAAGGGCAUUUAGACACAUUUUCAAUGGAUGUUGGACGAACAGAGGUUUCCUCAUCUGAAGGAGGGCAACCUUUAAUGGACGACACUUUACCGCAAGGUAUGGGUGUUAAUGUUGAGGGCUCAAUGGAUAAUUUUGACCAAGAUCAAGGUGCUUCUGAAAUGGAAUGUCAAUGUGAUAAUUAUGAACCAGAUCAAAGUCUUUCGCAAAAUGUGAGUGAUCUUUCCCAUUCACAAAAUAUGAACCCUAGUCUUUCUAAUGUUCCUCAUGAUGUGAUGGACUUAAAAGUUGCUCAAGAGGAGGAAACUGUGCCUAUGUCUCACGAGGACCCAAGUAACCAACCUGCAUAUCAGUAUGUCUCAUCCCAUGAGAGAAAUUCUUUUGAUGAACAAAUCGUACCAGGUGUGUGUUCAUGUACGGACGAACCUGAACCGGAAAUCCCACAGGUGGAGGUCAUUAAGGAUGAACAAACUGCUCCUCAGGCUCAAUGCCAAAGUGAUGAGGAGUACGAUGCUGGAGAAGAUGAUGGGGAAUACUAUGAUGAUGGUUCGGAUGUCACUGAUGGUGAAGAUGUGGAUGAAGAUCAGAUGAAGAACCAGAAAGCACAGGGUGAGGAGGAGGAAGAGAUUGAAGUUUAUACAGAUGAUGGAGAUUACAGUGAUGAGGAAGACUAUGAUGGUCCUGACAGCUACAGAGCAAGUGAGGAAAGGGAAGUCAUUUCAGAUUAUGAUGGAGAGUCAAGAUCCAGUGAAGAGAGGCAGAUGGAGGAUGGCAAGGGAGAAAUUGUUGCACAAAUAGCACCUACAUCUCAAACAGCUAUCACUCAAGAGGUUCAAUCACAGAAAGUAUCUGACUCAGCAGAGACGGACCUUCAUGAUUUUGGUUCAGAGAAUGUUAAAGCAAAUGAGAUGGAACCAGAGGAUGUCACCACUGAGGACAGAGACAGUGGAAGGAUUAAUGAGGAAAGAGGUGUUAGUGAGGAAAGGGAUGUUAGUGAGGAAAGAGGUGUUAGUGAGGAAAGAGGUGUUAGUGAGGAAAGAGGUGUUGGUGAGGAAAGGGAUGUUAGUGAGGAAAGAGGUGUUAGUGAGGAAAGAGGUGUUAGUGAGGAAAGGGAUGUUAGUGAGGAAAGGGAUGUUAGCGAGGAAAGGGAUGUUUGUGGUGCUGAAGUAGAACAGAGAUUUGGUGAUGAAAGAGAGACAAUUCCAGUAGACACAGAUGAGAGAAUGGAUAAGGAAAAAGAAUGUGAACACUAUGGUGAGAUAGAGGAGGGUGAUAGGGAAGACAGAGAGGAAAUGAGUGAUGCUGUAGUGGAUGAGGUUAAACCUCUAGAGGACAUAUUUGUUACAAAGAGUGAUGUAAAUGAAAGUAUAGGAGAGAAAGAUGUACAGAGAGAGGGAAUGGAGGAUCAGCACAGUGAUGAAAAAGAAGAGAGCUUUGAGGUUAAAAGAGAAGUCAGUGCAGAAAGAAACUUUGAAACUGUAGAACCUGAGAAUCCUGUCCUAUCUGAUGUAACUGUUCCCUCUAGUCAUGACCAGCAUGUCGAAGUUGUUCAAGACAGUGUUUGUGAUAGAGAAGAACCACAACCCACUGAAAGACUUUCAGAGUUUGAUAAAGUGAUGGAUGAGAAGUACAGUGAAAGUGAUGAAAUAGCAAAAGAAAGCUCGGAAGAGAAAGUGAGUGUGGAUGAUAUUGUGAUAGAAGAUAAACUCGUAGAACCUACAGGGAGAGGUCAAGGUCAGGUGCCAGAUGUGAUUUUAACCACUAUGAAGGAACCUCAUGAUGAGGUACCUGAUGGUGAGGUACCUGACGAGUAUUCUAACAACCUUGAUGCUGGUGGAAGUGAGGAGGGUGAGGUAGAAAUACAGAGCAAUGUAAGUGAGUUUGGGUCUCAGUAUGCAGAGGUAGGGGAUGAGAGGAUGGAUGAGGAGGAAAGUAAUGGAGACAAUGGAGAACCAGGAGAUGAGGAUUAUCCUGAUGAGAGAGAGGAUGAAAUGGAGAGAGAGGACUUUGAUCAGCAAGAGGACUAUGUAGAACAAGAAGAAAGAAAAGACAGUGAGAGGAUUUGUGAGGAUGUGAUUCCACAGGUGGACCAAAUGGAGAGUUUAGGUUUUCAUGUGAACGAGAGACAGAUGGAAAUGCCAGAACAGAGUGAGCAGACAGACAGUUCUCAACGUGAGGAUGAACAUAAGAUUGAAAGUGUUAAUAUUGUUGAAAAACUACCUAGUUCUGAAGAACUUGUUCAAGAGCCUCUCGAGGAACAACCACCAAAAGCUGACACAUUCAUUGAGAGUGAGGGAUCAGACAUGGAAGAAAGGUCCAUCACUCCUGACCCUGAUCAGAUGCUAAAGAUGGCCUCUCCAAGGAGUGAAGUGCCCCAUGAUGUAUCUGAUACCAUGUUCCAUAAUGAAGAACCCAUUGCUGAGACAGAUGAGGAGCAAGGUGAAGGUGGACAGGGGAAACUAGAGCAAAAACCUGAUGCUAUGACAGGGUCAAUUGUUCUUGAUGAGGGGGAAACAAUUGAGGAUCAAGUACCUACAGAGAUGAGCAAAUCCAUGAUGGAAGGCUCUCUAAUACUGAAUGAGGGACAAACAAUUGAAGAUGCUCAGCCUGUUGAAGAUGCUCAGUUUGAGGAGAGCCCUGAUGAUGAAAUUGUACCUCCACUGAAUGGCAGUGCAAUGGAAGGUUCUCUAAUAAUGGAUGAAGGACAGACAAUUGAAGAUCUUCCAGCUGAACACUCUUCAGUCAUGGAAGGAUCUUUUGUAAUGGAUAAGGGCCAAACUAUUGAGGAUCUUCCAGUAGAGGAACAGACAGGGUCUGUUAUGGAAGGUUCUUGGAUAAUGGAUGAAGGUCAAACAGUUGAAGAUAUACCACAACAGCAGGAUAUCAUGUCAAGGUCUCUGAUGGAAGAUUCUAUUGUCAUGGGUGAAGGAGAAACUUUCGACAAUCAAGAAAUCCAAGCUGAACACUCUGGAUCCACAAUGGAAGACACAAAUACAUCAGAAGAGAGCCAAGCUUCACAGAAAAUUAAUGUUAUGACAGGAUCUAUGAUGGAAGGAUCCAUUGUCCUUGAUGAGGAUGAAAAAUUAGAGGACAGGUUUCCCGAAGAUACCAUGUCUAAAUCCAUGAUGGAAGAAUCUGUAACAUAUGAAGAAGAACAAACUUUUGAAAGCUCACCAGCAAAUGUUGCAUCAGAGCCCCUCUCUGAAAGCUACACUGAAUCUCAAACAGAGGAUUCAUUGAGAAGCACUAAUGUGGGGUACAUGAGUGAUCAGGCAAGUCUCCAUGAGCAGACGGCACAAAACAUGGUGGAAAAUGUUCUGAAUGAUGCCAUUGAUACAGUUGAAAGCAUGCAGAGAGCAGAAGAUAUUUCGGUUGAAGAAGCUUCUAUGGAGAGAACAGAAAGUGGUAUAGAAGAAUGUGUUCCAGAAAAAUCAGAGGAAAAAUCUUCAGAGAAAAUGGAAGAUGUGUCAGUGGAGGAACCUUCCAUGGAAAGAUCAGAAAGUGCUGUUGAGGAGUGUAUUCCAGAUAGAGGAGAUAUUUCAGUUGAAGAGUAUUCUACAGAGAGAACAGAGGAAAGUGCUUCUAUAGAGAGAACAGAGGAAAGUUUAGUUGAUGAGCCUUCAGUUGAAAAAUCAGUAGAAACACCUGUUUCUGAGCCUCCACCAGAUAGAGGUGAAAUUUCAGUUGAAGAGUAUUCUAUGGAGAGAACAGAGGAAAGUUUAGUUGAUGAGCCUUCAGUUGAAAAAUCAGUAGAAACACCUGUUUCUGAGCCUCCACCAGAUAGAGGAGAAAUUUCAGUUGAAGAGUAUUCUAUGGAGAGAACAGAGGAAAGUGCUUCUAUAGAGAGAACAGAGGAAAGUUUAGCUGAUGAGCCUUCAGUUGAAAAAUCAGUAGAAACACCAGUUUCUGAGCCCCCACCAGAUAGAGGAGACAUUUCAGUUGAAGAGCCUUCAAUUGAAAAAUCAGUUGAAACUUCUAUUUCUGAGCCUUUACCAGGAAAGGUUGAGGUAGCAGAAGAUGAACCUAAAAAGAUGGUUCUAGAGAAAGACACAGCCCCUGAAAAGGAGGGAAAAGUUGGCGUGAUAGCCAAGACAGAUGAAGCUAUAAAAAAAGAGAAAGUAUUGAAGGAGCAUAAGCAAGUUACCAAGACUGAGAAGGAUAAAAAGAAUGUUUCUGUCUUGAGUAAAGAACAUAAAAAGGAAGUCAAGGAGAAAAAGGACAAACAAAAACCAAAACCAAAAGUACCUGCUAAAAGUGAAAGUAAGUCAACAGGUGCUAAAACAGAGACUGAAAAAACACCAGCUAAGGACAAUAAAUACAGUCAUAUCACAAGUCGCUUAACCCAGGACACAAGUGCUAGUCUAGCUCGUAAAACUGUAAAAAGAUCUGAGGUACGAAAACAGCAAACCGAUUCCAAAAUUCCCUCUCCUGAGAAGGGAGAUAUCACCAGGAGGAGUCAGUCUGCAACGCGACAGGUUAGGUCACCACGGAAACCCAAGGAUGUGGCAACACCAGAAGAAAACAGAGAAUCAAUUUCUCGUUCCAAGUCAACCCCUCGACCUGGCACCCAUAGGAGACACACACCUAGCCCAAUGCGAAGCCAAGUGACCACCACACGGAAUGCAAGACCCACCAAACUUCUCCAGCCAAGAAAAGAUGUAGCGGCUGCUAAUGGUGUCACGUCACCUACCAGCGGGACAGACGAAGAGAAGGCAGGAAAGAGGACUCCAUCUGCCUCCUCCAAAAAAAAGUAUGGCAUAGAUUCGAAGAACUCCACUUACAAACCUGGAGGGGGGCAUGUCAAGAUUUUCGAUCAGAAGGUUCAGGUCAAGGCGACACCAAGGAUCGACAUUGGUGCCAAGACUCCCACCGGAUCUAGUUCAAGUCCCUCUCCCAGAAAGGAAUCUCCUCGACCCAAACCUACCACUCCUAAAGGACCAACUCCUAAUGUAAAGAAUGCGACUUCUCGGAUCGGCUCCCUCCAGAAUGCCACCCAUUCCCCUAAAGGGGGACAGGUUAAAAUUGCCAGUAAAAAGACUGACUAUUCCACGGUAACAAGUAGAAUAGGCUCCACAGCUAACAUGGACCACAAGCCUGGAGGAGGGGACAAAAAGACCGGUGGUAGAAAGAUAUUAUCACAGAAAUUGGAUUGGAAGACGAAUUCCAAAAUUGGCUCCAUGGAAAAUGCCAAACAUUCGCCUGGCGGCGGUAAUGUUAAAAUUAUGAAUGAGAAAGUUGAGUGGAACACCGCUUCGAAAAUUGGAUCCCUAGACAAAGCUAAUCAUGUUCCAGGGGGCGGUAAUGUGAAAAUAAUCAAUGAACAUGUUGCAUGGAAUGCAGAGUCCAAAUUGGGAUCACUCGAUAAUGUGGACCAUAAACCUGGGGGUGGUAACGUUCAUAUUGAGAGCCACAAAUUAGAAUUCAAGGCCCAGUCUAAAGUUGGAUCCACCGAUUAUAUGGCACAUAAGCCAGGCGGAGGCAAUAAAAAGAUUGAGACACAAAAACUAGACUUUAAAGAGAAGGCUAAACCUAAAGUGGAAUCAAAGACAAACCACAAGCCUACAGGGGGUGACAAAAAGGGUCAGAGGUCCAGGGAUAUUCACGUUCCAGAUAAUUUAUGAUAGAGUCACAAAAAUUAAGCUUCAAGGAAAGCGCCAAAUCUCGGACGGAUUCAGGGAGCGGAACUCCAAAAGCCCUAACAGAAAGCGUGAACUCACAAGAUAGCAUCAAAUAAUCAUUAUUCCUUCAUCAAUUUUUCAUCUGAAUUUUUUUCGAUGUCAAGGUGGACAAGGAUUUUACAAUACAGUGUCCCAAAAGAGACCUUUUACUGGAAAAGACAGAAAUUCUUUUGGAUUCUGAUUUAUGUUCUUCCUGGCAAUGUUGGCAAGCUUUGGUAAAUCUAUUGUAAUGCUUAAGGUUUGCUGCGAGAGUAAAGGGGCAUAAUCCACCUUGAAAUUUAUUGUUUUUCGAGCAGUUACACUUAGCCACUGGAAUUUUCGAAAACUUUUUAAUAGGUCAUUUGCAUAACUGGAAUACAGGUCUCGCAUAUUGAUUUUGGUUUCAAAAACUGAAAGUUAUGGGUUGUAAUAAGAAAUAUAUUUCAUUAUUGUUAGACCUGUACUUUUGGAAGUGCAUAUAUAUUGCACAAUACAAUGUAUUCUUAAAUGAAACUACUUAGUAUGAUAAAAAAAAAAUUAAUAAGUUUUAAAGUGUCAAAAAAGGUGAACUCGCAAUAUGAGAUUUUUGCAUGUCGGGAGCCUACAAUUAUUUAAUUGUCCAUUAAUGUAUGCGUACUGUAUUUUUAAAUCUGUUGUCAUUUUUUGUACUAUUUUUUUCUGUGCACAAUAAAUGAACCCACUGCUAGAAAAAGAGGAUUUUUUAUGAUACAUUGAGGAGAGGGUCUCGCGUUUGUUGUUAAGUUUAUGUUUUUUCACUCUUUUUUUCAUUGUUUCAAGAGUUUAAAUUUUUUUGGUUGUACAUUUCUAUUUUGUAAUUUUUAGUAGAUUUUUACACCUAUCUGAUAACAGUUAAAGGACAUGUUAGGUUGUAACAGAGAUUUUAUACUAUUUAUUUGGGAAUUUUUGACAAACGUUUUUGUGAUUCUUCCAUGAUGCUUUUGUUAUAAGAUUGUCCUAGUGAAGCAUGUUGUCAACACAAUUUCUUUCAGCACUUCUUUUCGGUAGCUUGACACACCAAACAUCAGCCUUGGACAAAAGACUAGCACUCACUGGAUGAUACCAGCCAUUAGUUAUAUAUACAAGGGAAGGGAAGGAACUCUGGAAGUAUUCAUAGAGAAUUGUGGCAGAUUGAAAUAUUUCAACUUUUAUGGACUAUAAGAGCUUAACUGAAAGAGCAUUAUAGAAUAAAUGAGAAGUAGCGUAUUGUAGAGGCUCAUUAGAUUGUCUACAUAAUCUUUUUUAUGAUUGGGAAAACACAUCCAGUUUUUAUCACUUCUAUUUAUUGCACAUAGUUUGUGUUCCCAAAACUUUAAUUAUUGAAUUAUUAUAAAAAAAAUUCACAUUUCCACUUUUGUCAAGGAUAUAAAGAUUUCUUGAAGCAGUAUCUGUUAAUUUUCUUGAGGUAUCAAGGUCUGUAGUAUUAAACUCUGUGGAAGAGAAUUCCUGCAGUUUCCUGUCUUUAGCCUGCUCUGUAUCCUGACAUAGGUAGAGUUUAGUUAUUAGCACUUGUAACUCUUUGUAACAUUGCUUAUAGAUAUGCAUUAAACUGUAAAAUCAAA